AUGUCUGGAUUCCACUCCACGUGUGAGCUGUUGAUUGUCCAUUCUUUCGAGGCUCAGGAAUGGGCUACAUAUCUGCAGAAAAUAUUGAAGUCUUCACGCAAGUUUCCCAAGAGGUCCAUCGUAUUGUAUGCAAUUGACUGUGCUGACCAGCUACAUGGAUGUGACUUUAACAUUUUCCAUAAUAGUAAAUGCAUCGUGCUGCUGCUGACAACGGCAAUCCUGGACAUUCUAAAUUACCCUAAAGUCCUGGGAACUUUUCAGAGACUCCUUCAUCCUCCACACAGAGUGGUUGCACUGUUGUGUGGGAUGUCAGAGGAUGACAUUCCCACUGAAUGGUUUGAAAACUGGCGGAGCUGGAGAAAACUGUAUGCUGAAGACGAACCUGCUCUUUACAUCUCCACCGUUCUAGAAUCCAUCGCUGACUGUAUGUUCGCUUUAUAAUACCCAUGUUGUUUUUCUGCCUUACUUUGUUUCAAGUUUCAAGUUUUAAUGUCACAUGCACAAGUACAGUGAAAUGGCUUUCUUGGGAGCUCGGCCCCAGUAAUGUACUGGGCUGUCCGCACAACCCUGGUGCUAUUGCCAUACCAAGCAGCGAUGCAGCCUGUCAAUAUGCUCUCAAUGGUACAGCUGUAGAACCUUUUCAGGAUUUGAGGGCCCAUGCCAAACCUUUUCAACCUCCUGAGGGGCAAGAGGCUCUGUCGCGCCUUCUUUACAACUGUGUGUGUGUGUUUGGACCAUUUUAAGUCUUUAGCGAUUUGGACACAGAGGAACUUGAAGCUGUCUAACUGCUCCACUGCCCCCCCCCCCCCCCCCCCCACCCCCGUUUCCUGUAGUCCACGAUCAGCUCCUUGGUCUUGCUGACGUUGAGGGAGAGGUUGUUGCUCCGGCACAACACUGUCAGGUCACUGACCUCCUCCCUGUAGGCUGACUCAUCAUCGCCGGUGAUCAGGCCUACCACCAUCGUGUCGUCAGCCAACUUGAUAAUGGUGUUGGAGUUGUGCGUUGCCACACAGUCGUGGGUGAACAGGGAGUACAGGAGGGGACUAAGCACACACCCCUGUGGGGCCCCUGUGUUAAGGGUCAGCGUGGUGGAGGUGAUGUUCCCUACCCUCACCACCUGGGGUCGGCCCGUCAGGAAGUCCAGGAUUCAGUUGCAGAGGGAGGUGUUCAGACACAGAGUCCUAAGCUUGGUGACGAGUUUGGAGGGGACAAUGGUGUUGAACGCUGAGCUGUAGUCAAUGAACAGCAUUCUCAUAUAGGUAUUCCUCUUAUCUAGGUGGGUGAGGGCAGUGUGGAGAGCAAUUGAGAUUGCAUCCUCUAUGGAUCUGUUGGGGCAGUAUGCAAACUGGAAUGGGUCUAGGGUGGCUGGAAUGGUGGAGUUAAUGUGUUCCAUAACCAGCCUCUCAAAGCACUUCAUGAUUACAGAAGUGAGUGCUACAGGGUGGUAGCCAUUGUGGCAUGAAGCCUUAGAGUUCUUAGGAACAGGGAUGAUUGUGGUCAUAAUAAAACAUGUGGGGAUUACAGACUGGGACAGGGAGAGGUUGAAAAUUACCGCGAAUACGCCUGCCAGCUGUUUUGCGCAUGCUCUGAGAACGCGCCAUGGAAUACCGUUUGGGCCCGCGGCCUUGCAGGUGUUGACCUGAUUAAAGACCCUUCUCACAUCGGCCUCAGAGAGCAAGAUCACCCAGUCCUCUGGGUCGGUAAAUGCCCUCACACCCAACUCGAUGUUGUUGUUGUUAAAGCAUGCAUAAAAUGCAUUGAGUUCGUCUGGUAGAGAGGCAUCGUUGGGUCUUCCUAUGUAAUCCGUAUAAACUGUAGCCCCUACCACAAGCGGCGGGCAUCGGAGCCUGUGUAAUAAGAUUCCACCUUAUUCCUAUAUUGUCCUUUUGCUCGUUUGAUGACUCUGCGGAGGUCAUAGUGGGACUUCUUGUACUUAUUCCUGUCUUCGGCCGUAGCAUCAGGGUUGUCUACGAUAGCUCUGUGUGCGGUAGCCCUGUUCUUUAGUUUAGCGCCAACCUCUGUGCUAAUCCAGGGCUUUUGAUUGGGGAAGCAGCGAACCCUCACCGUUGGUACAACGUGAAAGUAUAUAGCCAGAUUCUCAUAACAUUCAGCGAUACAGUAACUUGAAUCGUUUAGGUUUAUGAGUUUUUGCGUCUCUGUUUAAAGUGCAUGAGUAAUUUACCAUUAGUGUAUCAUACUCACAGAGGAUCACUUACCCUCUAGUUGUGAACGUACAGUCUAAAAGUUUUGUUAAUUAAUUCACCCAUUUUCAACUGAGAACAACUGAUGAUAGGUUUUUAUUUUGACUUUGUAUUCAAAGGUAAUACAGAAGAGGCUGAACAUGAGGUGGAAGCUACAGCAAAAAUAGAAGCAAAAACACAGUGUGAGAUCCCUGUAGUUAUGAACCCCAAAGCUGAGGGGACAGAGGAAGGGUCAGUGACAGAACCAGAGUGUAUCCAGGACGACAGUGACGAUGUGAGAACAGAGAUCUACCCAAACCAGGCAACGAGCCCCACACAUCCCACCUGCCUCACUGUUCAACCAAACAGAGUUUUAUGCGGGGUAAGAAUUGGUUAACAUACUUUAUAGACAACGCUGUAAUGGUACUGAACAAUGUUUAAAGAUUUCAUCUGGAAAACACCGCAUGAGGAAAAAUGUAUCUUACAUAACAGGUACAUGAUACUGUCAUAAGUGUAAAAGUUGUUGGAGUGUAUAAUGUCGGACAACCAUUCCUCUUGGUACUAUAUUUAAUUUGUGUGCAUUUUUAAAAAUAAUGUAUUGAUUAAUAUCGAGACACACCCUCAAAUCACCCUCAAAUUGUAAUCAGCUCAGGAUAACUUUAUUUGCAAUUGCAGUUUUUUGAGCAAACAACUAUUAAGCAUAGAAUGCAAUGUUUUCUGUAUCUAAUGUCUCCAUGAUAUCUGUACCUGUUUUUCAGGACCAUGCAACUAUUUUUAUCAUCUUUUCUAAUAAACUGGACAACCAGUUGAAAAUGGAGGUGGAGUUUUCCUCUGAAGAUUCAACUGCAAAACGGGUUCUAGGGAUUUAUGAGAAUGAAUACACUAUCAGUGUUAAUGCGCCUGGUAAGUAAACAACCUUUAGAGGCUUUCAAUCACAAAUCGAAAGAGGAACUUUUAGACCACUUACCCCAGUCUUCUAUUUCACUUUCACAUUCCUAAUAUGGACAUUUCUUCCACCAAUGUGAAUAACUUGAAGUGAUUUGAUAAGCCAAUAGGCCGUACAGUAGAUAUACAGGAUGCUAACUCAGAUAAAUGCUAUCCUUCCCAGAUAUGCCAGCAGGAGAGGUGACACUCACUCUGUAUAGCAACGGCUCACCAGUCUGUUUGAGGCCUGUAACAUACUACACAGUCAUGGGAGAAAUCAGCAGUUACCUUGAACAUGCAGCUGCUCCCUUGGACUUUAUGUGUCAGGUGAGAGUCAGCUCAGUAUAGAGUAAAAACAUGAUGCUCUGCAGAUGGUCAUACUAUCAACAACCUAUCUGUGGUCUAAGGCACUGCAUCGCAGUGCUAACUGUGCCACUAGAGAUCCUGGUUCGAAUCCAGGCUCUGUCGCAGCCGGCCGCGACCAGGAGACUCAUGGGCGGCGCACAAUUGGCCCAGCGUCGUCCAGGGUAGGGGAGGGAAUGGCCGGCAGGGAUGUAGCUCAGUUGAUAGAGCAUGGCGUUUGCAAUGCCAGGGUUGUGGGUUCGAUUCCCACGGGGGGCCAGUAUAAAAAAACAAAUGUAUUCACUAACUGUAAGUCGCUCUGGAUAAGAGCGUCUGCUAAAUGACUAAAAUGUAAAUGUAAAUGUUGAUAAGCAACUGCUUGCUAAGGUUACGGUUAGGGUUAGGUUUAGAAUAAGGAUUAGCGUAAGUGUUAAGGUUAGGGUAAGGGUUAAGUUUAGGGUUAACAUAAGGGUUAAGGUUAGGGUUAGGGUUAGGGUAAGGGUUAAGUUUAGGGUUAACAUAAUUGUUAAGGUUAGGGUUAGGGCUAGGGUAGGGUUAGGGUUAGUAGAUAGUUGAAAUGUUACUGAUAGUCUGCAAAUAGUCUGUUAAGCAUCUACAGAUGGACUAUCCAAAUAAAGUGUUACCUAAAAAUACAAUACUGAAUAAUGACAAAUUCCGAUUUCAACAACUAAAUAUAUUGAUUUUGAUUGAGACAUUGUUCAAUGACAUUGAACGUGUGAUCUCACACUGACCAAAACCUCAAGAAAGCCCCAAAAAUAUUUGGUUAAAUUCUUUAGACUGGACGUAUUAUUUUUUCUUUAAUAGAGUGUUGUUCAUUUCUGUGUUUCUAGGCAUUCAAUAUAACAUCCAAUACCACAGAGUCACUUGACAAUUUGCUGACAGACUCAUUACAAUGCAGGAUCCCUGCAAGUGGACUUCAUGUGUUUGGAAUCAGACAGCUAGAGGAAGAAAAUAUGGCUGCAAGUAAGUGCCUAACUUUUUUACCAGAAAAUAUAAUGGAAAGAUACAUUUGUCUACACACCAACAGUUCUAUCGAAACUGGUAUGCAUGUUUUUGUGAUAAGGCAAAACAAUGUGCUAGUUAAUUGCUAGUGAAUACUUACACUACAUUGUUGUGAAUGUUUCACAAGAGAGUAAGGGGAGUUUCUCAAAUAGUUUAACUAAUCUUAGUUAGGCAUUUAUAAGUCAUUCUUCAAAACCAAGACAAAAAAAAAUAGAGAAUGGAGUAAUACAAUUUUAUGACAGUGUAAGACAGUUGUAAUAAGCAAGCCCAAAAUGCAUUUGUAAGUUAUAUUCUUAUUUAAUUCAUUGAAAAGUAUCAUUUAAUGACAGGGACUCUUACGGAUUGCCUUUAAAUGACAGAUUGUGCCUCUAAAUGUACUCUGACAGUCAAAUGUGUCCCUAGUUGGAUGUAUAGUGCAUUCGGAAAGUUUAAAGACCACUUGACUUUGUCCACAUUUUGUUACGUUACAGCCUUAUUCUAAAAUUGAUUAAAAAUAUAUAUAUAUAUUCUCAUCAAUCUACACACAAUACCCCAUAAUGACAAAGCACAUUUAUUAAAUAUAAAAAACUGGGCCUCCCGAGUGGCGCAGCAGUCUAAGGCACUGAUCAGUGCUAGAGGCGUCACUACAGAUCCGGGUUCGAUCCCGGGCUGUGUCUCAACCGGCCGUGACCGGGAGACCCAUGAGGCGGCACACAAUUGGCCCAGCGUCGUGCCGGGUUAGGGGAGGGUUUGGCCGGCUGGGAUGUCCUUGUCCCAUCGCGCUCUAGCAACUCCUUGUGGCGGCCGGGCGCAUGCACGCUGGCUUCGGUCGCCAGCUGUACAGUGUUUCCUCUGACACAUUGGUGAGGCUGGCUUCCAGGUUAAGCGAGCAGUGUGUCAAGAAGCAGUGCGGCUUGGUGAGGUCGUGUUUCGGAGGACGCAUGGCUCUCGACCUUCACCUCUCCCGAGUCCGCACGGGCGUUGCAGCGAUGGGACAAGACUGUACCUACUAAUUGGGGAGAAAAAGGGGUAAUAAAUAAUGAAAUAUCAUAUUUACAUAAGUAUUCAGUACUUUGUUGAAACACCUUUGGCAGCGAUUACAGCCUCGAGUCUUCUUGGGUAUGACGCUACAAGCUUGGCACACCUGUAUUUGGGAAGUUUCUCCCAUUUUUCUCUGCAGAUCAUCUCAAGCUCUGUCAGGUUGGAUGGGGAGCGUUGCUGCACAGCUAUUUUCAGGUCUCUCCAGAGAUGUUCGAUCGGGUUCAAGUCGGGGCUCUGACUGGGCCACUCAAGGACAUUCAGAGACUUGUCCCGAAGCCACUCCUGCGUUGUCUUGGCUGUGUGCUUAGGGUCGUUGUACUGUUGGAAGGUGAACCUUUGCCCCAGUCUGAGGUCCUGAGCAUUCUGGAGAAGGUUUUCAUCAAGGAUCUCUCUGGACUUUGCUCCGUUCAUCUUUCCCUCGAUCCUGACUAGUCUCCCAGUCCCUGCCGCUGAAAAACAUCCCCACUGCGUGAUGCUGCCACAACCAUGCUUCACCAUAGGGAUGGUAUUGGCCAGGUGAUGAGCGGUGCCUGGUUUCCUCCAGACGUGACAUGUGACAGACGUGACACUUGGUCUGAGAGCCCUUUAGGUGCCUUUUGGCAUAUAAAGGCCUGAUGAUCAAUGGAAACAGGAUGCACCUGAGCUCAAUUUCGAGUCUUAUAGCAAAGGGUCUGAAUUUUUAUGUAAAUAAGGUAUUUCUGUUUUGUAUUUUUUAUACUUUUGCAAAAAAAUCUAAAAACCUGUUUUCACUUUGUCGUUAUGGGGUAUUGUGUGUAGAUUGAUGAGGAUCUUUAUUUAUUUAAUCCAUUUUAGAAUAAAGUUGUAAAGUAACAAAAUGUGGAAAAAGUGAAGGGGUCUGAAUACUUUCUGAAUGCACUGUAUUUAAACCCAUUUUAGCAGACAGUUAGUCAGUCAGAUUAGGGUGACUAGGGUUGUGGUUAUGAAAUUAGAUAAAUGGGACACUUAGAAAAAAGGUUUCUCUACCAUUCACCUGCUAUAAUCCUAUAUGGGACAUCUGAAUAAUCUGGGACAUGGCCACUGUCACUGAUUAUCAAAAUGCUUUAUCUGGACAUCCAAAAAUGUUAUCUGGACAUAAAAAAUGCCAUCUGGGUCAUUCCACGAAUAGAAUGCCUUUUAUGCCCUAGUGACAUCUUUUAUUAAAAACUAUAUUUAACAGUUGGAUCACGUACAUCUACCCUCUAAUUAAACCAUGUAAAAAAAAAAUCCAAUAGUAGUUUAUUUUAUGUUUGUUUUCUCUUAAAAUCCCAAUUGUGGCAUGUCCCAUGUCAUGUUUGUCUGACCUUUUAGGAAAAAAAUGUCCCUAUGUUUUCACUAUCACUGUAAAGCCCUAGUUAUUUUGUUGCUUUGCAACAAAGUCAUUUCUGAAGAUUAUUAUUUAUUUAAUGUGAUUAGUGACUAAUUUACAUUUGUCCCUCAGGUUAAGGUCAACCCUUUAACUCAAAUCAAAUCAAAUCAAAUUUUAUUGGUCACAUGCGCCGAAUACAACAGGUGCAGACAUUACAGUGAAAUGCUUACUUACAGCCCUUAACCAACAGUGCAUUUAUUUUAAACAAAAAAGUAAGAAUAAAACAACAACAAAAAAAGUGUUGAGAAAAAAAGAGCAGAAGUAAAAUAAAGUGACAGUAGGGAGGCUAUAUAUACAGGGGGGUACCAUUGCAGAGUCAAUGUGCGGGGGCACCGGCUAGUUGAGGUAGUUGAGGUAAUAUGUACAUGUGGGUAGAGUUAAAGUGACUAUGCAUAAAUACUUAACAGAGUAGCAGCAGCGUAAAAAGGAUGGGGUGGGGGGGCAGUGCAAAUAGUCCGGGUAGCCAUGAUUAGCUGUUCAGGAGUCUUAUGGCUUGGGGGUAGAAGCUGUUGAGAAGUCUUUUGGACCUAGACUUGGCACUCCGGUACCGCUUGCCGUGCGGUAGCAGAGAGAACAGUCUAUGACUAGGGUGGCUGGAGUCUUUGACAAUUUUGAGGGCCUUCCUCUGACACCGCCUGGUAUAGAGGUCCUGGAUGGCAGGAAGCUUUGCCCCAGUGAUGUACUGGGCCGUACGCACUACCCUCUGUAGUGCCUUGCGGUCAGAGGCCAAGCAGUUGCCAUACCAGGCGGUGAUGCAACCAGUCAGGAUGCUCUCGAUGGUGCAGCUGUAGAAUUUUUUGAGGAUCUGAGGACCCAUGCCAAAUCUUUUUAGUCUCCUGAGGGGGAAUAGGCUUUGUCGUGCCCUCUUCACGACUGUCUUGGUGUGUUUGGACCAUGAUAGUUCGUUGGUGAUGUGGACACCAAGGAACUUGAAGCUCUCAACCUGUUCCACUACAGCCCCGUCGAUGAGAAUGGGGGCGUGCUCAGUCCUCUUUUUUUUCCUGUAGUCCACAAUCAUCUCCUUUGUCUUGGUCACGUUGAGGGAGAGGUUGUUGUCCUGGCACCACACGGCCAGAUCUCUGACCUCCUCCCUAUAGGCUGUCUCAUCGUUGUCGGUGAUCAGGCCUACCACUGUUGUGUCGUCGGCAAACUUAAUGAUGGUGUUGGAGUCGUGCCUGGCCAUUCAGUCAUGGGUGAACAGAGAGUACAGGAGGGGACUGAGCACGCACCCCUGAGGGGCCCCCGUGUUGAGGAUCAUUGUGGUAGAUGUGUUGUUACCUACCCUUACCACCUGGGGGCGGCCCGUCAGGAAGUCCAGGAUCCAGUUGCAGAGGGAGGUGUUUAGUCCCAGGAUCCUUAGCUUAGUGAUGAGCUUAGAGGGCACUAUGGUGUUGAAUGCUGAGCUGUAGUCAAUGAAUAGCAUUCUCACGUAGGUGUUCCUCUUGUCCAGGUGGGAAAGGGCAGUGUGGAGUGCGAUAGAGAUUGCAUCAUCUGUGGAUCUGUUGGGGCGGUAUGCAAAUUGGAGUGGGUCUAGGGUUUCUGGGAUUAUGCUGUUGAUGUGAGCCAUGACCAGUCUUUCAAAGCACUUCAUGGCUACAGACGUCAGUGCUACGGGUCGGUAGUCAUUUAGGCAGGUUAUCUUAGAGUUCUUGGGCACGGGGACUAUGGUGGUCUGCUUGAAACAUGUUGGUAUUACAGACUCAGUCAGGGACAUGUUGAAAAUGUCAGUGAAGACACUUGCCAGUUGGUCAGCACAUGCUCGGAGUACACGUCCUGGUAAUCCGUCUGGCCCUGCGGCCUUGUGAAUGUUGACCUGCUUAAAAGUCUUACUCACAUCGGCUACGGAGAGCGUGAUCACAUAGUCAUCCGGAACAGCUGGUGCUCUCAUGCAUGCUUCAGUGUUGCUUGCCUCGAAGCGAGCAUAGAAGUGGUUUAGCUCGUCUGGUAGGCUUGUGUCACUGGGCAGCUCGCGGCUGUGCUUCCCUUUGUAGUCUGUAAUAGUUUUCAAGCCCUGCCACAUCCGACGAGCGUCAGAGCCAGUGUAGUAUGAUUCAAUCUUAGACCUGUAUUGACUCUUUGCCUGUUUGAUGGUUCGUCGGAGGUCAUAGCGGGAUUUCUUAUAAGCGUCCGGGUUAGAGUCCCGUUCCUUGAAAGCGGCAGCUCUACCCUUUAGCUCAGUGCGGAUGUUUCCUGUAAUCCAUGGCUUCUGGUUGGGGUAUGUACGUACGGUCACUGUGGGGACGACAUCAUCGAUGCACUUAUUGAUGAAGCCCGUGACUGAUGUGGUGUACUCCUCAAUGCUGUCUGAAGAAUCCUGGAACAUGUUCCAGUCUGUGCUAGCAAAACAGUCCUGUAGCUUAGCAUCUGCGUCAUCUGACCACUGAACUGUUAACUGAACUUAACUCUCUUUUUAAUAUGGUAAAAGUUGUCUUUUUUAAAGAAAUGUUUCUAAAGAAACAUUGAACAUCUAAAAGUCAAGUAAUAGUAUAUUCUUUCUGGCCAUUUCCAGAAAUGUAGUGUCGAGCAUAACACGUCAACCCUGUUACCCAUAGAUAGAUAGGCUAGGAAUGUUUCAACAAGUUCAAAUGUUUUGUUAAGCUUGCAUUUAAUUGCCCCUCCUUAUUGCACACAACAAGCUUCUAUUCCCCCUGUCACAAGGGGAGUUAUGGCUAAUUUAAGAUGAGAUCAACCCUGUUACGUCAACCUUGUUACUUUAAUUAUCACCUUUUAUAGUCAUUGUUCUUAAUUUAACCUAUGGAGAUGGGAGAACAUGGUUAUUAUGAAGUUGGACAUGUGCUCUUUAUGACAAUAUUAAAAUUGGGUGACAUUUUUGGGGGACAAAAUUACACUAUCCAAAAGGCACUCUGUUCGUGCACUCUUAGAAAAAUUAAGUUAUAUCUAGUACCUAAAAGGGUUCUUCGGCUGUCCCCAUAGGAUUUCCCUUUGACAAACCCUUUUUGGUUCCAGGUAAAACCCUUUCUGGUUCGAGGUAGAACCAUUUCAACUUAUAUCCUGAUAGUUUUCAAGUCCUCAAGAACGUUCAGAACAAGUGGAAUAGAUGACAUCGAUGAAUUUGUUUUGUCACUCAGAUCAGCGAAAGGAGGAGCUUCCCACUCUGCUUCAUUUUGCUGCAAAGUAUGGGCUGAAGAAGCUUACCACAGUCCUGCUUCAGUGUCCAGGUGCCUUACAGGCCUACAGCGUGAUGAAUAAGAAUGGAGACUACCCAAAUACAUUGGCAGAGAAGAGCGGCUUCUCUGACCUGAGACAGUUCAUAGACGACUUUGUGGUAAGUCCAUUGUUAGUAUUUUAAUUUCGUGAUGUAUUUAUCUUGUAUCUCUGUAGUGUGAUCUCAAUGAUGUCAUUGACCACAGCCAGCUCACUGUCACUUGUACCAAAUGGAAGUGCAUUAUGCUUAUACUCUGAAUUGCACAAGAAUGAAUGAAAAGCUACUGGUAAAUGUUAUUGUUGGAACUUUCUGAAAACAUAUAUUUAGUGAAGACUAUGUGCACGAUAUCUCCUCUGUAGGAGACAGCUGACAUGCUGAAGUUUCAUAUCAAAGAAUCCAUCUCGGCUGAAGAAGAUGAGGAGGUGUACGAGACCAUUUCCAACUCCUCUCAAGAUAUCAUCAUGAACGACUCCCUAAACCCUGGGUGUCAAGAAGACAUCUAUGAGACCAUGAUGGGCUUAAACCCCGACUGCAUGGAAGACCUAUGUAUGACUAAUUAUGACUAAUCACAUGAAGUACCAUCUCUCUUUGAUGAUGAUGAUGUUAAUGAUAAUGAUGAUGUUGAAGAUCUUUUAAUAUUUUAUUUCCCACAGAUGAGGACAUGGAGAAGGCAUUAGGAGAGCCUCAUAACCCAGAGGAAUUCAUACUUAGAAAGUUCUUUCAAGGUAAAUUCACAAAAUACUGUACUGUAUUGUACUGUAAUUGGACUUGUGGACUUAAGUAUGGUUUAUAGUCUAGAUAUUCAGAUCCUAAAAUGCCUCUCUCUUUUUUACAAGUGAUGUGGCUUUUUUUGUUGUUGUUGGUAAACCUGAUGUAGGUGUGCCCCAAGUUGGGGAGCAUACAACUGAUGAAGAGGUGGGAGACCAGGUGGAAGAACCAGAGGGGUUUGAGGAAGAGGAAACCUACAGCAUGUAUGUUUCUGAUCAAAUCUAUGACACGGUGGACGAGAUUGCGAGCUAUAUCCCGGAAAUUGUCAACCGUCCACCAGCCCCCAUUCCAAGACCCGAAACAUUUUCAGAGCCUGAGGAGUCCAAUACCUACAUCUCAAGAGGUAGAUAGCUAAAGUGUUCUCCAAAGGUAUUAGCUAGUGCAUGAGUUGCCAAACCAGUGUUAUGUAUUUUAGGUCGAGGUGAAUAACUAUGAUUUUUGAUUCACAGUGUUUUCAGCAAAAGAAGAAUCAAAUCCACAGAGGGACCUCAGAGAAACAGAGUCAGCCACUGGUAUGUAUCAAAUAUACAUUGUUAUUUGUCCUGAAUCACAUCUUCUCCACUAAUUAGUAAACAAUGUAUGUGCCUCCAAACCUCCAGUGAUGCCUGUGAGAGACAGAGCCUCCACCUCCUCUUCCCACGACCCCUAUGCUGAGACGAGGACCCAAGGCCAGAGGCAGCUUAUAGCCUUGCAGGAGAAGGUGAAGGUGGGGGUCAUGAGUGUGGAUGAUGCUGUCAAGGAAUUUAAGGCCUGGCAGUUUGACGAGGAUAGGAGAUCUCAGUCUCUGCGCAAUCAAAAGGUACAGUAGUAGAUUAUAGUUAAUACUCAUAUCUCUUGGCAGAACACAAUAAACAUAUAUUUUCUGUGGCUCAAUGAUAACCUGAAACACUACCUCCAUGAAUAAAGACAGAAAAAUGUGUCACAGGAAAACUUGAAAAGAUUACGACACAGCAUUACCAGACGCCACAAAGAGAGGGAGAAGUUUGGGAAGGAGAUCGGUAAGAAUAUUUGGAGACUACUAGCUAGAGUGAGGGAAAAAAGUAUUUGAUCCCCUGCUGAUUUUGUACGUUUGCCCACUGACAAAGAAAUGAUCAGUCUAUAAUUUUAAUGGUAGGUUUAUUUGAACAGUGAGAGACAGAAUAACAACAAAAAAAUCCAGAAAAACGCAUGUAAAAUUUUUUAUACAUUGAUUUGCAUUUUAAUGAGGGAAAUAGGUAUUUGACCCCCUCUCAAUCAGAUUGGAAUGGAAUUCCGAGUUGGAUGACCGUAUUUUCUCAGUCGGAGCUCAUGUUUUUCAUUUGAGUUCCCAGUUGUCUUGAAGUCACUGAAGUCUGAGAAUGUGGCAGAAGUCAUGCAGGAUUGACAGCAUGGCCAAUGUAUUCAACUUUUAUGGCCCAUGGUGUUGAAUGUUUAUCCUUUUAAGCUUGGAAAAGAGACCCUUAAACCCAGACUUGGACCACAUACCCAUUCCACUGAAUAGCAGGCUAGUGAUUGCUUUGCAAAGCUUGCAUUUAGCCACUGAUUCCUUCCAAACCACUCAUUGUUGAAUUUGCGAUUUCCAACUUGUUGUGUAAUGUUUAUGUCCAAUUGCCGAUGAGCACCGAUACGUUUUAUCUAUAAUUUCUCUUCAUUAUUUCUCUUCAUAUGACAAGGAUUAAAAAGGAUUUGCCAGUAGAUUGUCAACUUGAUUCAUGAUGAUGACUGCUAGCUUGCUAGCUAAGAUUUUGAAAGUAUGAUGUUGACAUGAUCAGUCCAAUCAAAGCUACGGUAGAUACAACAUGAUUUGACGUCCUUUUAUCUGUGGCCAAUGAACUUGAGCCUUCUUGGAUGGGCACUUCUAAUGUAACUCUAUGGCAGCACCCAAGGGUCUGGAAUUUUCUAGCUCUACCCGUAGAUUUUGCGGUGAGGUAGUGUCCCCAUGAGUGACAGAACACUGAGCCAAUCACGGCGCAACUAGAGAACAUUAUCAACCCCUAUGCUCCAUAUUUUCCGCUGGCUGCCCCACCACCACCACAGAAAGCACUGAGCUAGGCUGAAACACCUACAUUUUGGUGCUGCCUUACUCAAGAAAGCAAAAAAGAGACGGUGUUUGCAAACUGAUGUGUGACACGUAUUAAUGGCAAAAUAACAUGCAAAACAGGCAACAACCAAAACACCUGUUUUGAGUUGGGGCUCAAAACAGGUGGGGCUCUGCGCCACCUGCCCUGAAUGACGGGUCGCCACUGGUACUUUGUAACAUCUAUGUAUGUAUGAUAUUUAGCUUGUUGUUGAUGAGUGAUGCUUAUUGUUGAUCUGGCCUCUACCCUGUGAGGUCUGGAGAUAACCGCCCCACUGCAGAGGAACCUCCACUUGGGCUCCAACAUGGUUGUGGAGUGUUCUGUGUACGAGCCCACCCCACGGGUCAUUGCCCAACCCCCUCCUGUGACCCGGCCAAGCAAGAGAGGCACCUGGAAGACUGACAGCACCUCCAGCACAUCCAGUGAGUACAUUCUCUGUUGUUUUAAUGUCCCUAUGAGCCUAAUGUCAGAAUGGUAGUAGAAAAUGACAACUGAUGUAAUUAUUAAGUUGGUCUUUUUUUAGUGAUUUUGAUGUUGUAUAUAUUAUUGUUAUUAUAAAAAAUCUGUAUUAGUACCAAAAUAGUGCUUUUGUAAAUAUAAUUUUUGUUUGGAGAAGUGAUGAAAUCUGAAACACAUUUGUUGUGCUGAUCAACUCUGAUUAUUUCCAUAUCCCGUAUGGUCAUUAUGUCUAAAAGAUAAAAACCUGUAGCACAUUACUCUCCCCAUUAUUGUUGCUCUACUCAGCUCCUCUCUCUAAGUGGCUUUCAUCUCUAGCUAUUAAUGUGCACUCUUGGGUGUUCAUAGCUACCUACCACAAGCUCUUGUUCAAGAAACUGUUUCACAAUGACUUGAAGUGUCUCUUUCUUUCCUGAGCUUACGUUUUACUUUUACUUUCCCAAGGUAGUGGCAGUAACAGACUCAGCACACAUAGUACGAUUAGCUACAGCAGUGGAACUGAGCCAGACUUUGAGGUGAGGCCAAAUUGUCUCUUCAAAGCCCAGUUCACACAAAACACUUUUGGUAUAUUUCUGUCUUUGUGAAUGCAUGGUUCAGUAAACAAGCUUAUUUGUAUUCGUACAUGUAGUUGCUGGAGAGAUAUUCAAUCCAAUGGAAUCAACUUACCGCAAAAAAAAACAUUCAGUUAUACAGUACAUUUGUAAUUGACAUCUUGCAAAAAAAACGAUCAUACUUAUGAAGGCACAAUGUACUUAUUUAUUAUGUACUCUUGUCAAUGUAUUUACAAUCUGUCAACUGCGACAGUGCUUUUGUAGAUUCCCUGAUUAUUACUUAUGCUGUGUAUUGAUUUGAUCCAUGGAAAGGACACAGUAGACUUCCUCCCUCUACCCCCACGACCCCCAUGGACCUCUGAAGCCGCACCUCUACCUCCUCCCCCCAGAAUCCCCCCACGACUCCCAGACAGGUAAGCCCACUCUCUGGAUAAGAGGCCCUUUCAUACGUUCCUGUGUCAGGAUCGCAGAAACUUGCUGUAACUUGAUUACAGAAUGUUAUAUUACAUGUAAUGCAAUAUGGAAUUCCAGAAAGGCAACAUUGAAUCAGUAAUAUGACAUCAUCAUAGAUAGCAAGGUGACUUCCUCCUCACAGAAAUCAACAACCAAAUGUUACUUAAACAUGCAAUUUAUAGUAUUACAGCUGUAGCGGGUGAUGUUGGACUGAGUCAGACGCAGGAGAGUAAAUCACGGAAUAAAUGGUUUAAUCAAUAAACAGAGGUACGCAGCAAUGCGUAAUACACACCAGUGCGGACAAACGGCGCCCUGGGAAAAUAAGGCACACGGGUGAAUAACCCAGCGAUACACAAUAGAAACGAGCUCCACCGAGCUAUAAUCUCCUCUACAAUAAACAAUCACACACAAAGACAAGGGUGCAGAGGGAACACUUAUACAGGGACUGAUGAGGAGAUAUGAACCAGGUGUGUGUAUAAACAAGACAAAACAAAUGGAAUGAAGAUAUGAGGAGCGGCAGUGGCUAGAAGGCCGGUGACGACGAACGCCGAAACCUGCCCGAAAAAGGAGAGGAGGCAGCUUCGGAGGAAGUCGUGACAACAGAAAUAUGAUUAUUAUAAAAGUGAAGGAUCACAGAGGGUCUAAUGUUGCAGUAUAACAACCAAUGUUACAAUAUUACAAUGUGAUUUAUUAAUGCUGUAGAUAAAUCAAAUCAAAUCAAAUGUUAUUUGUCACAUACUCGUGUUUAGCAGAUGUUAUGGCGGGUGUAACGAAAUGCUUGUGCUUCCAACAAAAACAAAAUACUGCAACGUUUCCUAAGAGCUAGUCGCGAGGCCGCCAUCUUCGUCUGCGCCAGGAUACAGAAAACAGCUCAACAAAGAGUAAACCAUUAAUUGAAUUUGAGAAUAUGACAUAUUGAAAAGACAAGCACACUUGAGAAACAUAUCAGUGAGUAUUCUACACUGUAGGCAACAAGCAGUGGUAAAAGUUAGAUGACAGAAACGAUAAAGAGGAAAUAUCGCCCACCACUUACUGGGCUGUCAGAGAGGAAACCUGAUGUGUGAAGAGGCUAUAUACAAGUGCAACAUUUUUCUUCAUGAGCUAACAUGAAAACUUGUUACAUGGUAGAGAGAUGGAUAGAUGUUGAGUUUAGUUUAACAUAAAAAUGUUUAUAUUAUGCUACGAAUAGAGAGUUUUACUUGUCUAGUUUCAUGUUCACUGUAUUCAUAUGAACAUUUGCAUUAUAGAGCCUUGGUCAAAAUGCAGUAUGAAUGUAGUCAUAGAUGUCUAUAAGCAGUUAUUAGCACCAAAGUUGUCCAUUAUAAUACAUGAUGCACUGCUCAUAAGGAGUUAAACAUGCAUUAUGAAGAGGGUAUUCAAAAGCAGUGUUACCAUUUAUUCUUCCUAAUUGUAAUGAAACUGGACAGAAUAUAUAUUUGUAGAUAGCUAUGUGCAUCUUGCAUCUCAUGUGAGUAAACUGAGUUGAUAUGCAACUGCCAACCACAAAACCAACACCGACCAUAAUGAUUGCAAAAAAACACUUAUGAUUCUUUACCCUAGAAGUUGAACUGUGUCAUAGGCUAUAUUUUGAAAUGUAAAAAAAAAUAUGCAUAUCCAGUUAUUGCAGCUGAAAGUAUGUCUGAUUUCUUAUAGAGCUGAGACUUACUGGACUAACUGUGAGACAGACAAUCAGCUACACUACAUGACCAAAUGUAUGUGGAAACCUUCUUGUUGAACAUCUCAUUCCAAAAUCAUGGGCAUUAAUAUCGAGUUGGUCCCAGCUUUGCUGCUAUAACAGCUUCCACUCUUCUGGGAGGGCUUUCCACUAGAUGUUGGAACAUUGCUGCGGGGACUUCCUUCCAUUCAGCCACAAGAGCAUUAGUGAGGUCCGGCACUGAUGUUGGGCGAUUAGGCCUGGCUCGCAGUCGGCGUUCCAAUUCAUCCCAAAGGUGUUUGAUGGGGUGGAGGUCAGGGCUGUGUGCAGGCCAGUCAAGUUCUUCCACACCGAUCUCGACAAACUAUUUCUGUAUGGACCUCGCUUUGUGCACAGGGACAUUGUCAUGUUGAAACAGGAACAGGCCUUCCUCAAACUGUUGCCACAAAGUUGGAAGCACAGAAUCGUCUAGAAUGUUAUUGUAUGCUGUAGCGUUAAGAUUUCCCUUCACUGGAACUAAGGGGCCUAGCCCGAACCACGAAAAACAGCCCCAGACCAUUAUUCCUCCCCAACCAAACUUGACAGUUGGCACUAUGCAUUCGGGCAGGUAGCGUUCUCCUGCCAUCCCCCAAACCCAGAUUUGUCAGUCGGACUGCCAGAUGGUGAAAUGUGAUUAAUCACUCCAGAGAACAUGUUUCCACUGCUCCAGAGUCCAAUGGCGGCAAGUUUUACACCAUUCCAGCCGACGCUUGGCAUUGCGCAUGGUGAUCUUAGGCCUGUGUGCGGCUGCUCGGCCAUGGAAACCCAUUUCAUGAAGCUCCCGACGAACAGUUAUUGUGCUGACGUUGCUUCCAGAGGCAGUAUGGAACUCGGUAGUGAGUGUUGCAACCAAGGACAGACGAUUUGUACGUGCUACACGCUGCAGCACUUGGCGGUCCCGUCCUGUGAGCUUGUGUGGCCUAACACUUCGCGGCUGAGCCGUUGUUGCUCCUAGACGUUUCCACUUCACAAUAACAGAACUUACAGUUGACUGGGGCAGCUCUAGCAUGGCAUAAAUUUGAUGAACUGACUUGUUGGAAAGGUGGCAUCUUAUGACGGUGCCACAUUGAAAGUCACUGAGCUCUUCAGUAAGGCCAUUCUACUGCCAAUGUUUGUCUAUGGAGAUUGCAUGGCUGUGUGCUCGAUUUUAUACAUCUGUCAGCAACGGGUGUAGCUGAAAUAGCCAAAUUUGAAGGGCUGUCCACAUACUUUUGUAUAUAUAGUGUAUAAGGGGCUCUACAGUAUGAGACAGUAAAAGGGUGCAGCCAUUAAAAAAUAUAUAUUUAUAAUAAAAUAUUUUUUUCUCCUCAAUUUCGUGAUAUUCAAUUGGUAGUUAUGAUCUUGUCUCAUCGCUGCAACUCCCCAACGGGCUCGGGAGAGGCAAAGGUCUAGUCGUGUCCUCCGAAGCAUGACCCGCCAAGCCGCGCUGCCUCUUAACACCUGCUCGCUUAACCCGGAAGCCAGCCGCACCAAUGUGUCAGAGGAAACACUGUUCAACUGACAACUGAAGUCAGCUUGCAGGCGCCCGGCCCACCACAAGGAGUUGCUAGAGCGCGAUAAGCCUAGAAAAGGCCCCCUGGCCAAACCCUCCCCUAACCCGGACGACACUGGGCCAAUAGUGUGCCGCCCUAUAGGACUCCCUGUCACGGCCGGCUGUGACACCGCCUGGGAUCACCUUGGCCAUUUUAAUAAUUCCCCUGAGAGAUACACUCUUUUGAAAUGACCGGAAAUACUGUUUGUCUCACAUGAACAUAUGGAAUUGUUUUAAGAAGGUCAUACCAAGGAUAAUUUAGCAAUUUGAUUUAGAAUUUUAAGACCCCUUGAAGUAUAAAAAAGUAUAUAUAAAAAAUUAUUUGAUGAAAAUGUGUAUUUGAACUUAGUGCAAUUAGCCCAUACAAACGCAUUGAAUAACAUUCACUACAUGGAACUGUAAUGAAUACUCAGGGAGAAAAAGGUGUAGAUUCACACGCAGAGCGCGGCAAGUGUUUAUUACGCCUUCGCAGAAGGCAGGAAUUGUGGUCACAGGCAGGCAAUGGUCAUACACAGAUAGGCAAACAGGCAGGUGAAACAAAACUAUGACUGAAGGCUAAAACUGGUUCUCACAAACGAGCUAGGAAAAGUCUUAGUAGAGUCAAAACGAACAAUACCUCACAAGGCACAAACAGAAAGAACUGAAGUAAAUAAGGAGCUGAUGAGACCAGGUGAGUAACUAACACAGGUGAAAUCAAUGAACAAAAAUGAAAGACAGGGCUACGUUCAAGAACACAAAGAAACAGGGCUACGUUCAAGAACACAAGGUGAAAUAAGAAAAUAAAUACAGAACCUUACAGGAACAACAGAUAGUCCCCAAAAAACAACAGUGUCUGUCCUAUAGCUGAGAGAUAUAAGAAAGAUCAGGCGGAUGCGGUGGAAUGAGACGCAACCAAUGAAAAAAACACAGAUAUCUCUAGCUUAAACUGACAUAUUGUUAUGUUUGUUAUUAUGAUGCUAAUUAGGGGGUUUCAUCUCUGUUUAAUUUGUCAAGCCAAGUGUAACCAUGUUGUUAUCUGUUAUACAUUUUAGGGCUGCAGAGAGUUUGCUGGAGGAGCGUUACAUAUCAUGCCCCUCUCGAGCUCUUCCUCAGAGACCACCUCAGAGGACCACCUCUCCCCCUCACAUACCCCGGAGAACACGAUGAUACACAGCUCUGUUGUUAUAUGAUUUUUGAAUGACUGCCCUCUAAAAUAUCUAUCAAGAUCUAAUCAGGCAGUGUUAUUUACAGU